CCAAGUUGACGUACGGUGCGUGAAUGCGGUAGUAGAGCGCAGCGGAGUUGUGGCUGAUUGUAGGUUGACGUUACAGAGGUCCCCGGCGAGGUACGGCCGCUUCGAAACUGUCCCCGGCGGCGCCGCGGGGAUUUUCAGGGGGAGCCCGAGGCGGGUGAGACGAUCAUGGGCAACGCAGAGAGUGGCUGCGGUGGAGGGAGCGGCGACGAGGAGGACAUGGAGACAGAGAGCCCCGGUUUCGCGGAAGACAACCUGGCCUCUGCGGCCAUUGGCGGCGGUGUCGGAGGCGGCGGUGGCACCGGCUCCGGGAGAAGCGGAAGGGGAUCGAAUAACCCACCCGCAGCCACCGAGGGGCCACCCAGCCCCGCGGUCCUCUUGGAGCAAGUGAGACUAAGAGAAGCGGCCGCCCGCGUCAGCGACUCGGGGGUCACCAUUCACGAGUCUGUCCUGUCCGGGAACGAGGGCGUCCUGAUACGGUGGCUGGAGGACCGGUUGAACCGCGGCGAGGAGUCCGUCAAUGUGGAACAGUUCUGCGAGAUGCUGGAGAGCAGAGAUGCCCCCAGGAGUGAAUGUGAAGAGGCGUUUGGCCAGUUUGAUGCGGAGGGCGAUGGCGUGGUGGACAUAGAGGGUAUGCUGAUUGCGCUUAAGAACUCCAAUGGAGCUAAUCUGCAGGGAGAACUGAGUCAUGUGAUAAGACAGCUCCAGGCGUGCUCCCUUACACCAGGUUUUGUCGACAUAUUUUCCAAGAGCAAAGACAGACUAGGAGCUCACGCCUCUAAGAUCCUUAAAUUCCUACACAGGAACCGAAUUCCCAGCAGUGCCAUCCCUUUCCCUAUUUUAGAGGGCUACAACAGCAUCUGCACCAUGAGGUCCAGUGUGGUUCAAGACUUCUUGGAAUUCCUCCUGCAGAAGGAGAAAGAUUCAGAUAUCCAGUACAGAGCAGAGCUAGACCGUGAUCCAGAUGUAGAUAAAGUCAAGGUGGUCACACAGUGCUACAGCACCAUAGAAGCUUCGUCCAACAUCCCUGACAUCUACAAGAUGACAAAUGGGGAAACAUCGUCUUUCUGGCAGUCAGACGGCAGCGCCCGUUCACACUGGAUAAGACUGAAGAUGAAACCAGACGUGGUCCUGAGACGGCUGGCCAUUGCCGUGGCUUCCAACGACCACAGCUAUAUGCCUCAGCUGGUCUCGGUGUCUGUGGGGAAGAGCCGGCGGGCCCUGCAGGAGAUCAGAGACAUCCGCAUCCCCAGCAAUGUCACAGGCUAUGUGGCUCUGUUGGAGAACGCUAACAUCACGCACCCCUACGUCCAAAUCAACAUCAAGCGGUGCCUGAGUGACGGGUGUGACACACGCAUUCAUGGAUUGAAGACGCUGGGUUAUCAGAUCACCAAGAGUAAAGAGGUGUCGGUCUCGGAUGCUUCAGCCAUCUGGUACCUGUCUCUGCUCACCUCUUUGGUCACCGCAUCGAUGGAGACGAACCCAGCUCUGGCUCACACUGUCCUCCAAAGCACACAGAAAGCCUUACAGCACAUGCCACCAUUGUCCCUAACACCAUCAUCCACAGAGUUCCCCAAGUUCUUCUCCCUAAACAUUCUGGAGGAAGUGGAUGGCUUUCUCAUCCGGAUUGCAAACUGUUGUGUGAGCCCCGAUGCAGAAAUGACUCUCUUGGCCUUUGCCCUGGCCAGAGGCAGCGUGGCCAAAAUACUCCAGGCCCUGUCCUGCAUCAGCGGUCAUUUACAGACCAAGUACAAGGCCUCAUCCCUCAUCAUUUCCAUGGCUUCCGUUAGGCUGCGACUGCUUUAUUGUAAUGGAAAGCCCCUUCAGCUUCACCUGCAGGCCUGUGAUGUCAAGAGUAAAGAGGAGAAAUCAGGACCAGAGAACAUGCUCACAGAGACUUCCACUGGAGAUGGUUUUCUCACGGAAAGCGGCAAGAAGAAAGCCAGCGUGAUCCUGUCCACGGAGGACCAGAGCAACUUCCAGGUCACUCAGAUGAAGAUCAAAGUGCGAAAAGGAGCCAUUGGAGCUAAAUGCGGCUUGGUGUUUGCGUACACGGAGGAGGACUCUUUUGAUGCAGAGAAACAUUUCAAGAGGUUCAAAAAGUAUGACUCAUGGAACUACAAGGACUACAAAGAGUUUGUACAGGACAGUGGGAGAAUUUCAGUGCAGACUGAGGAUGAGCCGAUUGGCUGGUUUGAGCUUGAAGAGGACUGGAACGAUGUGGAGAUCAAGCUGCAGCAGUGUCGCGUCGCAAAGUUCCUGAUGGUGAAGUUCCUCUGCACCAGGCAGGACUCAGCCGAGCGGCUUGGUGUGCAGAAUCUCAGCUUCAGCGGCUACCUGUGCCCCGGCACAGAGAGGCUCAUCGACCUGGACGACCUCAGCGGACCGGGAGAGAGCCUUGAUCAUAACGCCGUCACGGGUCUUUGUCUAUUAAACAAGACGCUUUUCUUCAUACAGCAGCUUACACGAGACAUGGAUGCUCCACACUUCAGGCAAAAGUAUCUUCUGGACUUCAAUGGUCUCAGCCUUAGCCUUUUCUGGAGCUUCUACAAUAAACUCAGGGAGAUAGAGGAAGAGGAGGUGUUGAAGAGCAGAGUCCUCCUGCUUCAGUUGAUGCAGAAUUGUUUCCCCAUGCUGCCCAACCCUGUGGAGCCCCAGGACACAGAGGACAGUAAAGGGCCAGACGAAGGGACCUCGGCUGCAGCAGCUCCAUCUACGGUCAGCAGUGAAGAUCCUCAAAGUCUCUCUGCUAAGGCUGUAUUGGAUCUCUACACUCACCUCUGUCACAUUGUGGACGGCCCAGAGGGAGAGACGGUAAUGGAAGCCAUUUUGCACAAGGAAGCUGUUAAGGCCAUUCUUAAUGGAGCAGCGGUUUUCUUCCCUGAUAAACUCAACAGGCGCGACAAACUCUUUCACAUGAUGAAAAAUAUAACUGAAGACGAUCAGCCAGAGUCUGUGAAGGUGACGUUUGAAUCACUUUGUAAUUAUUUCAGUAACCAGGAUCCAAGCGGUCUUCUCCUGCUGCCCCCCAAAGGAGCUCCCUCAGACUUCAACAUCAGCCCCAUACUGCUGGUGAUGGAGACGCUGCUGCUGGUUGCAUCCAGAGAGUGUGAGGCUAUGAUGGCGGAUGGAAGGACCGGUGCCAGCAGGACGGUGUUACUGUCCUUGUUUUGGGCCCUGCAGGGCAGCUUGCUUUCCUGGUGCCACCUGCAGCUCAAAGGUGGAACGUCCAUGCCCGCUGCAUCCGAGCUGGCCAGGGAGAUCCUUCUGAAAUAUGUGGAUCAGUUCCUGGGAAGUAUCAAAGCUGUGCUGGGUUCCCUUCUGGAAAGGUUCACCAGUAGUGACAUUACAGACAAACUGGGCAGCUCUAUCCUGGCCACAGUCUUUAGACAGCUGAUGAUUUUCUUACUGGAGUUGUGUUCGCUGGACAUCCCCCACAGUGUGCUGCUGGGGAGCUUCUCCUCACUGGUCGAGCUUCUCAAAAGACUGUCCAGUUACACUGGAGACAUCUUCUCUAAGGUAGAUCAAGAGAGCGCACACCAGCCCCAGAAGCCAGUCGUGCUCAGGACCUGGAACAUGGAGUCUCCUCACAACUACGAGAACAGCCGCCAUGAGACCACCGUCUUCGCUUGCCCCGGCGCAACCUCGUUCGAGGUGGAGUUUGACGAACGCUGCGAGACAGAGAAGAGAUACGACUAUCUAGAAUUUACUGAUUCCAGAGGGGGAAAGGUGCGCUACGAUAUGAAGGUUGGAAGCGAGAAAUGGCCAAAGAAGGUAACGUUUGAUGCAGGCCCCCAGCUGCAGUUCUUGUUCCACUCUGAUAGCAGCAACAAUGAGUGGGGGUACAAGUUCACAGUGACAGCGCUGGGUCUGCCAGAUAUCACCAUUUCCUGGAUGUCAGACCUGCAGCUGUUGGUGGCCCGCCUCAUGGGUCGCCUCGCAUCCAGAACCCUGGCACUAAAAUCCCCUUAUGAGAUCCGUAGUGUGAAGGAGCUUCCACCAGGAAAAUUGUCUCACGUUCAGGCCUCACCUUUGUGGAAACCCAUCCUGCGACAUGGCUUGUGUGAAACACAGGACGCCCCCAUCCAGAAGGACCCGGCGACUUUGAAUGAGAUGUUGGUCUUCCUGGAGGACUUUGCACGUUGGAACCCUUCACAAGAACCGUCAGACCAUAAACCAGAACUGAUGUGGACCCUCGUACAGGCUUGCAGAAAGCACUCGAUGAGCAAUGAGAUUGUUGCUGGGUCAAAGACAGACCAGGCUGUGAAUGCCAUCUGGGCAGCCAUGAUAUACCACACCCCAGCCCUCAACCAGGCCCUGAAGGCAUACGUUCAUCAAGGCUGCAUGUCCUUUCUGAGUGAAGACUUUUUGCAAGUUUACAUUCUGGCAGACAGCAUCAGAACAUGGAUGUUGGAGAUGAAGCAGAGAUACCUGGUUGGCAAAAUGAACAUCUAUGAUGAUAAAGAAGGGAGUCGGGAAGAGGUGACCAUGGACUCUCUGGCUGAGAUGUGCAUCGAGAAGAGCCUCUUACUUUUUCGUUUUGCUCCAUGUGGGAAAUCGUGUCAGGGUAGUGACUCCUCAAAAGCGACCCAGGGCAACUGUGCUCCACUGCUCUGCUCAAGCUCAGUCUCAGAAGGAGACUUCCAGCCCAGCUCCACUCUGGGACCGCAGCCUGGAUUGCCUGACGAGGCCAGUGAGGCCGGGCAUGGGCAGAGUCAGCUGUCCUGCCCUCAACUGCCACACGCCUCGUCUUCUGAGCACAGCAAGCGAGGCCACCGAGGCUCCACGGAGAGCCUCUCCUCCCAGCCGGCGGAGCCCGCCUCGCCGUCUACGUUCCCCCGUAAAGCUCCGUUCAGUCGCUCACGCCUUCGCCUCCUGUCCUGCCGCUCUGCUGACGAGUCCAACAUGGCGCCCUCUGUCAAAGAGCGCUACCCAAUACUCAAACACAUCCUGAACUUUAUGAAGGAUCAGGCUCUCACAACAGCAAGCAUCCUCCACACCUUGGCCCUGAACAAAGCCCAGGCUCUGAGUGUGUGCAAGGUGCUGGAGAUGAUUCAGCAGUGUUUACGGUCGCUGGGACAGCCACACCUCUUCCAGCCUCACUGCAUCCUGUUCCUGCAGGAGCUGCUGGCAUGUCAGAAAGACUUCACCAGUUAUUUCUCUCAGUUAUCAGACAGCGGGCAGGAACUUGGAGAGGAGGUCAGGCGUUCUUACCAUCAGCUGGUUCUCAUGCUGGUGGAGGCUGUCCAGGGCUUCAGCAGUCUCAACGAGAAAGCUCUGCUCCCAGCACUGUCAUGUGUGCAGAGCUGCUUCCUGCACCUCCUAGACAUGAACUGGGAGGUGCAGGACCUUCCUCUCUUCCAGAGCAUCAAGCUUCCAGACCUCCUGCUCACCAUGUCCCAGGAGAACAUCAGUGUUCAUGACAUCGCCAUCAGUCAGUGGACGGAGGAGGAUGAAAUCGCAGACUACAAGAAGAACCAGGAAUGGAUGGAUGAGUGCAUGGACGGCAUGUUUGAAAAAUGGUACGACAAAAUCGAUGAAGAGGAAUCCAUGGAGGACAGGAGGAAGAUGCACAUGUUCAUUGCACGGUACUGUGACCUGCUGAAUGUGGUGAUCUCCUGCGACGGCUGUGAGAGGAUGGCACCUUGGCACCGUUACAGAUGCCUGCAGUGCAUGGAUAUGGACCUCUGCAAGACCUGCUUUCUCAGUGGAGCCAAACCUGAAGGCCACGAGGAUGAUCAUGAAAUGGUGAACAUGGAAUACGCUUGCGAUCACUGUCAGGGCCUCAUUGUUGGCAGCAGGAUCAACUGCAACGUUUGUGAGGACUUUGACUUGUGCUUUGGUUGCUACAACGCCAAGAAGUAUCCUGACAGCCACUUGCCCACCCAUCGCAUCACUGUGUUCCCCAUGGUGACCAUACGAGUCAGUGACCGUCACCGCCUCAUCCAGCCCUACAUCCACAACUACUCCUGGCUGCUGUUCGCCGCUUUGGCCCUGUAUACAUCUGAGCUGAGCAGUGAGAGACACGCAGAGGGAGAAUGUUUAGACAGCAAAACCCUGGAGCUGGCUUCAGUGCUGCAGGCUCAGUGCUCCCAACUUAUCACUGACUGCUUGCUCAAAGGCCAGACUGGCAAAGCUCUGCGCUCUUCAAACCUGCUUGCUCUGCUGUCCUCCACUGAAUCAGUGUCUGAGAGUGAGAUGGGUCCGGCAUCUCCUCAGACCUCCCAGGAGCUGAGUUCAGCCACAGACACCUCUUCACUUCCUGGCAGCACUGCAGCAAUCUGCUCUCCAUCAUCUCCCAAGGACCAGCUUAAGGACCAAAAGGCGGGGGAGCUGAGUUCUCCUCCUGACCUAUCCAUACCCCCAAGCUCUGUCAAGGGAGACAAAAAGGAGCUGGUUGCUCAGGACACCCUAGACUCAGGUAGUCUCAGCCAGACUCCCUCUGUGUCCAGUGAGGACCCGCUUUCUCCUGUAGUUCGACCCCCAGAAUCAGGACCAGGAGCACUCAACUCCCCAGCAUCCAAUGUUGUCAAGGAGACCGAUGAGAGGCUGCCACAAGUUCCCCUGCAGGAGCACGUGUUUUCUGAGUGCUCCAGAGAGAGGAUCGUAGGACUGCUGGCAGCAAUGCUCCCUUCAGCCAAGCCAGGCAGCACCCUCAGUCUGUCCAGCCUGAGCUCCAUCCUGCCGCACCUUUUCAGAGCAGUGAUCUCCAACGCUGGCUCUCUGAACGAGGCCUACCACCUCUCCCUCGGACUCCUGGGUCAGCUGCUACUCCGCAUCACUCCGACGGAAGCCGACGCCGCCAUCACAGAGGCGCUGGCAGACAAAUAUGAGCUGCUGACACAAGGGGACCCCGCUUGUUCAGAGACUCAGGGCUGGAAGACCACCCAGCUGCUUUUCAGCCUUGGGGCUGUCUGUUUAGACAGCCGUAUCGGUCUGGAUUGGGCGUGCACGGUGGCGGACAUUUUGCACACUCUGAACACCUGCCCCGAGUGGAGCGUAGUCAUCGCUGCCUUCACUGACCACUGCAUCCAGCAGCUGCCACACACCCUGAAACGGACCAACCUUUUCACCCUGCUGGUGCUGGUGGGCUUCCCUGAGGUGCUGUGUGUGGGCACCCAGACGGUGUUCAUUGACAACGCCAACGAACAGCACAACAUGAUCUUGCUGAAACACUUCACGGAGAAGAACCAUGCUGCAGUGGUAGAUGUCAAGACACGCAAGAGGAAAACAGUGAAGGAUUACCAACUUAUCCAGUGUCAGGAUUCCACCACAAUCAGUCUCCCAGCACAGCCAGGGAGCCAGAGCUGCCAGAAGACUCUUCUGAGUCGCUACCUGAACAAUUUCACCUCCAUCAUCAGCCACCUAUUACAGGCAAACCAGGAUAAUGGCUUUCCUGAUGCUGUAGAGGCCUCCUGGGUACUAUCACUGGCCCUUAAAGGUCUCUACAACACACUGAAGAAGCAUGGCGUGGAGCACGCGCACGAGGCCAUCCAGCAGUCGGGGCUGACCCAGCUGCUGGUCAGGAAGGGCAGCAAGGGGACUGGGUUCAGCAAACUGUGGCUGCUGCGAGACCUCGAGAUCCUCUCCAUCAUGCUGUACUCCUCCAAGAGGGAGAUUCACUCCAUGUCCCAAGACCCCGAGCGAGACCAAAGAGAGCAGGAGAAGGAGCACGACUCGGACCACUCCAGCUGCGGCGUCGACGACAUUGACACCAACAGGCCCGACCCCUUGGAAGGUCUUGAUGAGGAGACAAAGAUGUGUUUCCUGAUCACCCAUGAUGCCUUAAAUGCUCCCCUGCCAAUUCUGCGAGCAAUGUAUGAGCUGCAGAUGAAGAUGACGGACUCCUUCUUCCUAGAAGUGCAGAAGAGGUUUGACGGAGAAGAGAUUAAAACAGACGAGACGAUCAGGACUCUUGCUAAGAAGUGGCAGCCGUCGAGGCGACCUCGCUCCGAGGAGAGGAACACCAAAGCUGUGGACACUGACAUGAUCGUGAUUUCUUGCAUGUCUAAACCCAGUCACUGUGAAAAGGCAACAGAAGAAAUCAAUGUAGUGGCCCAAAAGCUCAUCACCAAUUCAGAGAGCGACUUGCAGCUCAGCUACGCCAAACAGAGGCGCUCCAAAAGCUCAGCUCUGCUGCACAAGGAGCUGGACGUGCGCAGCAACCGGGCCGUCCGUCAGUACCUGGUGAAGGUCAACCAAGCCAUCGCCACGCUUUACGCUCGCCACGUCCUGGCUUUGCUGCUGGCCGAGUGGCCCACGGAGGCGCCGCUGACCGAGGAGGUCCUGGAGCUGAACGGGGCUUCACACAUGGCUUACAUCUUGGACAUGCUGAUGCAGCUGGAAGAAAGGCCCCUCUGGGAGAAGAUUCUGCAGAGGGUGCUGAAGGGCUGCAGCCAGAGCAUGCUGUCCAGUCUGUCUCUGACAGCUUGUCAGUUCAUGGAGGAGCCGGGUAUGGCUGUGCAAGUCAGAGAGUCUAAACACCCAUAUGACAACAACACCAACUUUGAGGACAAGGUGCACAUCCCUGGAGCCAUCUACCUGUCUGUAAAAUUUGACUCCCGCUGCUACACGGAGGAAGGCUGCGAUGAGCUCAUCAUGUCCAGCAGCAGCGACUUCCUCCAGGACGUCCACAACUUCAGCGGAUCUCCUCAGAAGUGGUCUGACUUUGAAAUCCCUGGUGAUACCUUAUACUACAGGUUUAUGUCAGACAUGAGUAACACCGAGUGGGGAUACAAGUUCACUGUGACAGGAGGCCACAGGGGGCGUUUCCAGACAGGUUUUGAGAUACUCAAACAGAUGUUGGCUGACGCUGGAGUGCUCAGCCAUCUGCCUGUGGCUGACAUCUGGGAGUGGCAAGUGGGCGUGGCCUGUCGCCAGACUGGUGGCCAGCGACUUAAAGCCAUCCACUUGUUGCUCCGUCUCCUGCAGUAUCAGUGUGAGACAGCCUGUGAGCUAACGCUGCUGCGACCUCUGUGGCAGCUCUUUAUGUCCAUGGAAAACAACCUGAGCCAGGACCCCACCAGUAUAUCAGUGCUGCUGCCUCUUCACAGAGCUCUCACUGAACUUUUUUUCAUCGCAGAGGCCCGUGCCAUCAAACAAGGAAUCCUCCAAGAUUAUCUGCUAGCCAUGACCAACGAUGAGCAGCUUCUCAGCCACACCGCUAUGGCUCUGAAAAACAUCGCUGCCAUCAGCCUGGCCAUCAAUUACCCCAAUAAAUCUACGAAGCUACUCAACAUGGCCCCAUGAGAGAUUUCUCCAGAGGAACAAGUGGGAGAGCAUCCUGCAGGGGACGUGUCCUGACUGAGCUGGAACCUCGCUCGCCAUUCAGUGCUUUUCUAACAGGACCCCCCCCCCUGUCGGGUAUCUGCCUCUCCUCGUCAACAACUGAACAGAGCUGUGGAUAUCAGCUGAGGAUGGGGCACUCAUGGAGAACUCUCAAUUUUUCUUCACAAUCCUUUUUGCCUUAGAGGAUUUCGUUAUAUCAGCAUGUGCUUUCACAGAUGUAGGACAGUUGGUGGGCUUUGGUUUUUUACACUUGAUUCUAUGCUAAAGGACAUGAAGUGUGCCAAAUUAGCAUCCUUCAAGGGGAAGCAUAUUCUGUUAUUUCCCUGCUUUUUUUUUUUUUUUUUUAGAACAGCCGCCAAUCUUGAUUACUAAAAGGAUCCUGGUGAAAACAGGUCACUUUGGCAACUUGGAUGUCUCAGCAGACCUUUAGAGAGCAUCCUAAAAAUACUCUCCAGAACAUUGGAGUCUCAUUAGUCACGGCAGAGUGAAAUAAGUGACCUACUCUCUUAAUCCACUCAUUUCUUCGUUUCCCUAUUUUUGACAUUUAUUGCUCGUUUUCUUGCAGCCCUUCAUCGGCUUGUCCUUCUUCCCUGUUUACUUCUUUACUAACAGGACCAGUCAGUCGCCAUAAAAAAUUUUAAAAUUCAUAUCUGAUAUACAGGGGGGCUUUUUUUUACAAGGGCGAUAUGAUUCACGCCCAGGGCGCAUGACAUCAUGAGGCGGCACCAACACCGGACAAAAGUGAAUUUUCAGUUGCUUAUUCACAUGUCCAGUGAAAGGUUAGUACCCCCACCCCAUGUAGUGCAAACUAUAAUCACCAUAAAAACAAUCUGGCCAAAGACUUCUGCUUUGUUUUUGCUAAUAAUUCUGUUUUAGUGCCCGAUUCCUUCUGGAGAUAAACUCACUGAUACAAUUUCAGAUUUGUAAGACUCAUCAAACUUGGACUGGAUUAAUCCACAUUUUUUGUAGAUGCUUUAAAAGGCAGUUUUAAAUGAUGAAACUGUGAUUUAUGAAAAGCAUACAAAACAAGACUGUUAGUUUUGAGGAUUAUGGUGCCAUUUAUCCCCCAACAACCACUGCAUUCAUGAGACUCCCUAUGGAACCACAACGAUACGUUUGUCAGUCGGUUGAUUCAAACCCUACUGCGAUUAAUAAUGAUUGCCAUAGAAUUUACUAACUGUGGGGAAAAUGUUCUGACAGUUGCGAAACGUCUGGGCCUUUGGAUUUAUCUAUAGCUUAAUUGAUGACCUGUUCUCAGCUGAAUGGAUUUAUUUGCACAGCUCUAAACUGAACUAAGAAGCUCUGCCGUCGUCCCCCUCACCGCUCGAUGCUAAAGGGAUGAUGUGUGGAAUAGAAAACACGUAUGUACAGCAUGGGGUCAUUCCUAACUCAGAGGUUAUCUAUAACAACUUAGUCUUUCUACCGAGUUCCUAUCCUGCACAGGUAUGUUAAAGUGUAAUCUGACUUUCACUCAUAUCACUAACCCCACACCUUAUUAACGCUGCCAUGCACAUGUAGUCACAUUUGUCAAACACUUUCACUUCCUCUAAAACAUAUUGUGCAGUGGUGGGUUUACGCAGCAGUUUCUCAGAAAAACCUUGUUUUUCUGAGAAACUGAGUUAUGGUAGUUUUAUGCCAAAGAAACGUGUCAGCCAUAAAACAUCUCAGAAAGAGCAGCCGGAUGAGGUAAUAAUGCUUCCCACAUAUCAGAUGGCAACCGUGUGAUGAGCUGGAGCAGUGGAAACCUUUACACAUCCACUCAGUUUCUUUUCUUUCUAGAUUUGCUCUGAUUUGUAGUUUUCGCCGUGGCCCCAGCAUGGGCUGCAGGGCGGCUCGGUGGUUUUGUUUCCACCAACAUCAGCUGCAGUGAGGAGAGAAGAAGAGACGCGUGGCCUCGGUUUGGCUUCCGUGACGCCUCACCUAUCUAUGAUGUGCCUAUGGUUCAAAGUAAAGCAUUUGUGAUUUAUCUAAUUUUAUUAAUUCUAUUUUAAAUAAGAACUAUAUUGUUUGAUCGAAGUUUUUUGUAACUUUUUAGUUAUUUUGUUGGGUUCUUUUUGCUUGAUUAAAGGUUAACUAAUUUGAAUGUAAAUACCUGUGAAUAUCAGUUGCACAGAAUACGAACUUUGAUAAGAACCCCAAUAGAAAAAACAAAGAAGGAAACCUUUAUCUGACAUUAACAGAUGGACACUGAAGCAGAUUUUGUAUGCACCGUGUUCUGGAACGUUAAAACAAAAGAAGUGCUCGGGUUGAAACGCAAUCCAUUUCUAAUAAAAACAGAAAUGACUUAAAAAUGAAAA